AGUGAAAUAUAGAGAAAAUUAUAGUGUAGUAUUGGAGCAAAUCUAACUCUAUAAUAGAAUCACUCUAUAAUAUUUUAUCAUUUGAGUAUACGUAAAUUUUACAUUUUAGUAUAUUUCUAUUUAUCUAAAUUGCAGCAUUUUAAAAAUUCAGUCUUUUGUGUAGAUACAGAAAACGAAAUUAUUAAGAAAGAAAUAAAAAAUUAAUUUUCAAAAUAAAAAGUUUUUAUGUAUGGAGUAGAAACUGGAGAGUGAGUUUGGAAAAACAUAUUGCAAAUUAUAUUUGGUUAAAAGGUACAUCAUAUUUUCACUAUUUUAAUAUUUACAUAGAAAUCUGAUUAAAUAUCUCAAGUUUAAUGGAUAUUCAGAUACCAACUAGGAGUAUUAGGUUAGCUUAUUGGGAUUGUUUGAAAAAUACUCUAUUUGUGUUUAAAAUUUUGAAAAAUACACCUUAAUUUUUUUAUUUUUUAAAACUAACUCUUUUUAUAUGUGAUAAGACAUAUUUACCCUAAUUUAACAUAGAUAUUAUAUUCUAAUAAACAUAACUUGAAUUUGGGAAUAUUGUUAUUGCUAUUAUCUUCAAAAUAAACAUAUAUAAUCUAAUAUGAUUAAAUGAAUAACUGGAUAAAAAUCUCUUCAAAUAUUUUCUUACAAUCAAAAUUUAAAGCUUUUUAUAUCAUACAAUUCACUACAUUUUUUCAAACUAUCCGGUUUAAUAAUAACCAUAAACAAUUUGAUUGAUUUAGUUUAAUUAAUAAUAUGACUACAUGUGGGCUGUAAAACAUAGGUACGUCUACUAGCAGCUGUCUCACAUACUAGAGAUGUUUCGGGGAUGGCUUUGGAAACGAUUUGGGAAGGUUUCUGUGAUAGUUGGCUUUAAAUUUGUGUCCAUUGUUGAGCUUAGUAACUUUACCUUGUUUUUCGAGUGGAGACACCAAGAUGAUGGAGCAAUUAAGUUACAAAAAAAAAAGAUGAUGGAGCAAUUAAUGUGUCGAUUUGUUUGCCCAAUUCUGAUUCUGAUAUCUAAUCAGACCAAAGCAGAAUUCACCAUUUUUUUGUUCAAACAAAAAUGGUGUCACUUGGUGUUUUAUAAAACAUCUUCAAGUGAUACGGUAUCUGUAAAUUUUUAAACCGAACACAAACUCUGAUUUUGGAAGAAGAUGACGACAUGUCUUUAAAUUAUACACGUGGAUAAUUUAAAAUGGCCUUCUCAAUUCACCCAUCACAUUUAUCUGAGAGAUAUCAAUCCAAGUCCCACAUUGGAAAAUUAAAUAGAUAGUAUCUAAUAUAUAAAAAGAUGUCCAACUCUAAUAGUGUGAGGCCUUUUGUGAAGGAAACCAAAAGUAAACCCAUGCGGACAUGCCUCUAAGGCCCAAAGUGGACAAUAUCGUACUAAUCGGAUAAUAUAGAGUUGGACAUGAGAUUUCACAAUCCCAACAAUUGGUAUCAGAGCCAGGUUGACGAGAAAUCUGCAAGAAGACCAAAAUUCCCUUCGAAUAGGAAUGGGACCCUUCAAGGUGGAAAGAGAGGUUCGGUAGUGAUUAGUCAGAAGAUCCUGAAAUUGUGGGAAGAGCAUCCUCAAAGCAACUCAAAAUAACCUUGCGACUAAGGGUGUCAAAUGUCGAAGAUGCGACAAGGCACCGAGAUGAUUUGCUAGAGGAAAGGACACAAGGUGUGUGGUCCUUGGCUUGAGGAAGAGAAUGAGAGAUGUCAAUCCAAGUCCCACAUUGGAGAAUUAGAUAGAGAGUAUCUAAUAUAUAAAGAUAUGUUCAACUCUAAUAGUACGAGGCCUUUUAGGAAGGAAACCAAAAGUAAACCCAUGCGGGUCUGCUUCUAAGGCCCAAAGUGGACAAUAUCGUACUAAUCGGAUAAUAUAGAGUUGGACAUGGGAUUUCACAAUCCCAACAUUAUCUAUGUGUGUUUUGAUCAUUAGUCAUUUAGAGGUUUUAAUAUUCAACAUCAUUUUAACAUUUUUCUAUAAUAUGGCUUAAAGAAAGUUACAGGGAAGGGGACGAGUCCCGUUGCUAAACCUCUCGUGAGCUCCUCAAAUUCUAAGCUGAAGUGUUGCAUGUCUUUUCUGCCAAAGUUGUGAUAUGAGAAUAACAAUGACACACUAUUCAUCAUAUUAUUAGCACUCGAUUCUUUAUCCUGAGUUUUGUGAAUUAUAUUAUUUUGUCUGGUUGUACUCGUACUCAGCAAAUCAAAAUCAUAAUUUGGUGGUCAAUCAAGUUUUCAUUUAUAUUUUUUUAAUUUGAAUAUUAGGAUAGUUUAAAACGUUUGAUAAGAAUAAUUUAGUCAAUUCUCUUAGUAGAAAGUGUAGUUUUCAAAAAAAAUUAAGUGAUGGUGUAUUUAUCAAUAUAAAAUCUUAUUAUGAGGUAUUUAUCCAAAUUUGCUCUAGCUUUAAUACAGAUAACCUUUUUUUUCAAAAAAUCUAGCAUUUCAUUAAUCUUCCCAAUAGGGCAUUUAAUACAGAUAACUGAUCACAUAUACGCAUAUACCCCCAAAAAGCAAGAUACGUGCUUCCUACCAAGCCUAACUUGUCAAUACCGAUAGUAAAAAUGCAAUUAUCCCUCAUUUAAUUAGUGACCAACUAGACUUAAAACUACUUUCAAAUCUUUAGUUCACAUAAUUAAUGUGCAAUUUUAAUCCUCACUUAAAUGUUGUAAAAGUAUAUGACUAGAUGCCGACCCUUUAUAUAAAAAGUAGAGUGAAAAGCAAUUGGAUGUAUUAAACAUUUAAAUCGUGUAACCAAAGAGACAAUGAAGGAAGUUCGGCUCAAUAUUGACGCUUGUUUGACUAGAAGGUCAGCAAUCUAAACGCAAACCAGAUUAGAAACUUUUGCACCCGACCAGACCCACUUGAGUUAUAAAGCCACCACCCAAGAAAAUCAGAAGACUUCGAUUUAUACACGUGGCGUGGGUCUCGCUUUUCAGUAUUUUAAAGUGACAUAACUGAUUACGUCAUUAUUCUUAUGUCAUUAUCUUAUCACUCCCAGUGUUUAUAAUUGAUUUCUUGCUUCAACUCGCCCACACUCAACAUAUUGUAUAUAAUUAUGAUGAAUUAAUGAUAAUGUGUUAUCACUUAUAGAUAUCAUGUGCACCAAUAUUUUUUAGGUAUCACUGAUUUGAUUAUAUAGAGCUCGACCUAAGAAAAAUAUAUAUACAAUAAUGAAAAUGUACUUAAGAGAUACGAAAUUUUAAAUGACCUCUAUAAAAUAUUCCCAAGUAAAUUUAAUAACGCAGCUUCCCAAUUACGCACGUUCCCGAUAAUUUAACUAUAUAAUCCAGUGAUUGGAGAGGAAGAAAGCAUAGCUCAUUCAAUUUGUGGCUGUACGUUGAAUCCUCGAGAGAGAGAGAGAGAGAAACAAAAAGGGUUUUAAAUCUUUUAUACAAUGUCAAAAAAAGCAUUGGCCACAUUAUUUGAUUUAGAAUCACAAGAACGUGGUGGUUCUCCUUCAUUUAUGUCACAAACACUCUCCAAGGAUCCACAGCCAACCUCCGACGGAGAUGGUGGGCGGAUUCCGUUAGAAGAGUGGCUGCCGAUCACAGAAUCAAGAAAAGGGAAUGUUUAUACGGCAACGUUUCAUCUUUUCUGCUCGGGACUUGGUUUACAAGUUCUUCUUCUUCCUGCAGCUUUCGCAGCACUAGGAUGGGUAUGGGGAGUGAUAAUUUUAACGGUUGGAUUUGUAUGGAAGCUUUACACGAUAUGGCUUCUUGUUCAUCUCCACGAAGCCGUACACGGAAUACGUUUCAGCAGAUACUUGAGACUCGCAAUUGCUUCAUUCGGUGUGAAGCUGGGGAAACUUCUUGGAAUAUUCCCUGUGAUGUAUCUCUCAGGAGGAGCUUGUUCGAUUCUGGUUAUAACCGGUGGAAAAACAAUAAAACAACUUGUACACAUUAUGUCUGAAGAUGGCAAAGUGCCACUUACUACCUUGCAAUGCUUCGUGAUCUUCAGCUGCCUCGCGGUGGUCAUGUGUCAGUUUCCAAAUCUAAAUUCUCUUUUUGGACUCUCGUUGAUCGGUGGUGUUAUGGCCAUAGCAUACUGCACCGCAAUCUGGAGUUUACCUUUAGCUAGUAUUCCGCAUAGGAAUCAAAACAAUAUCUCUUAUGCUACAAAGGAUACAAGUUUCGAUACCAUUUUUAACGCCAUUGGAUUGAUAGCUAUAUCAUUUCGCGGGAACAACCUCAUCCUUGAGAUACAGGGUACUCUUCCUUCCGAUUCAAAGAAUCCUUCGAGAAAGACAAUGUGGAGAGCUGUGGUGAUCUCUCAUGUGUUCAUUGCAGUUUGUAUGUUUCUAGUAGCCAUUGUUGUAUAUUGGGCAUACGGUGACAAGAUACCGGCCACAGGAGGUCCAAUAGGAAACUACUUGGAACUUUACGAACAAGACUACUCAAAACGAGCCGCUUGUUUCAUACACAUCACGUUCAUCAUCAACUGCUUAUGUUCAUAUCCGAUAAACUUAAUGCCAGCUUGUGACAACGCAGAGAUGGUGUACACGACCAAGAGACACAAGCCUUGCUCCGUCUUUGUCCGGAUGAUGUUUCGUGUGUUCUUGUGUUUGGUUUGUUUCUUUGUAGCCGUUGGAUUCACGUUCUUGCCUUAUCUUGCGGUUCUUAUUGGAGCUAUAGGCUUGCUGGUUACGUUUACGUACCCGUGUUUCAUGUGGAUCUCUAUUAAACAGCCCCAAAGGGAAAGCCUUAUGUGGUGGUUCAACGUAUCGGUGGGAAGCAUAGGGGCAUCUUUCAGUGUUUUGUUUGUGGUUGCCUCGGCUCUGCGCUUGGCUGAUAAGGGUUUACAUGCAAAGUUCUUCAAUCCCUGAAGUAUUCUGUCACAGGAUGUUCAAUUAGGAACCUAAUGACCACUAGGCAUGGAGAUUAAGAAAACGGCAGCGUAUUGAAUCUCCACCAACAUUUCAACUCUUUUAUUUACACAAAAAGAUAACAAAAUCAUUAUAUUUUAUGGAUAAAAAUUAACGGAAAUAAUUGAAUUUUGUAAUUAUGAUUAUUCAAAGAUUUCUCUCAAAAAAGGAAAUAAUGAUUAUCGAUCAAAUAUAGUAGUAUAAAGAAAUUAAUUACAACCCUAUUUAUAUUGAUCAAACCUUCACAUGUAUAUAUCUCAUCAAAAUAAUUUAAUCAUCCCUAAUAAACAUAAAGAACUGAUUUCGCUGCUGAUUUUCUAUUAAUGAUCAGAGCAAGACUUCAAGAAAUCAAUUUUCUUGCCAAGUUUAUCGCCAUGGAAAGUGAUGCUGCAUCUGAUGCUCGUGUAGAACUUAGUCUUGACUAAUCGGCCGAGCACAUAGGCUCGUGAUAGCAACGUAAAAGUUAAAUUCAAAGGCAAAACAACUCGGUCCGGUUUAGCUCUUUGCGCGUAUAGAGCCGGUACGCCUCCGUACAAAGGAAUUUGAAUGCCUAUUACUUUGGUCUCAAUGAGUCUCUUGGUCUUCCUUCGCUGAGAGAACUUUUCCAUCUAUUUUUUCUCACAACCAAAAAAAAAACUAAAUUAGUUCAUAAAUCAUAUAACCGGUCAGUUUAAGCAAUAAGAUGUGAAAUUGUUUACCUGGCCGGAGGCGAGGAUGAGUUGGGAAUAGCUGAGCUGGAAGGGAGAGGAGGUGACAUGGACUGUGAAGAAAGUCCCAGGGUUUUUGUAUAACAUCGUGACCGUUGAAUUUAGAGUGAGCAUAUCUGUGAGCACUCCCGAUGCGUCGUUCCCGGAUUGCACGUUCAAGCUCUCGAUUACCAUCCCCUGAAUGUACAGAAAACAUUACCAACACUUUUUCAAUUACAGUUUGUGAAAGAAAUUUAAUUUCACACAAUAUGAUUUGUUAAAGUAAACAUAUAUACAUACGGCCUGUGAGCGAAUAAUACUUAUUCUUUGUAUAUAAUACUUUUUAACAUUAUGAUACUUUGAUAAUACUUAGAAAUAUGUAUUACAUAUUCAUUUUUCCGUAAUUUUAUUUAUUAAUUCUUGAUAUUAAAUUUUCAAACUCCACAAAAUACACUAUUUGUGGCAUCAUUGUCAUUUGGUUAUCUGAUUGUGUUUGUUUUUAUGUUUUUAAUUCAUUUUUUGGAAGUUAUACUACAUGUUAAUAGAAACACAAUCAAAACGUAAAACUAAUUUCGCUUUCACACUCCACAAAAUUAUAAUUACGGAAACAGAGAAUAUUUUAUCCCUAGAGAAUUGAUCAUUUUCACAAGAGCAAAACUUAUGUCCGGAACAGUCAAAGCUCUAUGAAUUACCUUCAAAGUGACAAUAGGUGAGAAAGAUUUGGAAACUCCCCACAAAAUGAGACAGAAGAUAGUGAAGGCCAGCACAAACGUAAACAACAAGCAAGUGUAAAACCUCGUUCUCCUUCCUCUUUUCUCAUCCGAACCGUCUACUUCAUCGUAAUCGUCAUCAUCCUCGUCGAUUGGAUGGCCGUGAUCAUGCACUUGGAGACUGCUGUAUCCGUUUCUCAAUGGUCCUGAGAACCGUAGAGUCGAAGGUGACUCGGCCACAGAAUCAUGGUUGUAGUGACUGACCUGGCCCUGUCGGUUAACGGGUGAUCCGAAGGGGCUAAGACCCGAUCCGGUUGAUAUCUUUUUUUUUUGUUAAAGGGUUUUCACGCACACAAUCUUAUCCGGUUGAUAUCUUGUCUACCUACGUCUGUGUUCGGUGGGCUCUGCACAAAGUAGACUGGACUUACCGUCUGUGGCAGAGAAGAUUUAGCCGGCCACGUCGUCAUCUCUUCCUAUUAGUUAUAGGUCUUGCUUCCCAAUAAUACUUUUGAUUUGCUUUAGGAUUUUAUAAUAUUUUGGUUAUGACCUUGUAUUUAGAAGGUUGGGAAAUGUAAUGGGAAAUAAGUGCAGGAUACAAAUUUCUUUUGAGAGUAACGGAUGAUGCUGACCAAGAAAAGAAAACUAUAAUCAAGGAAACUACAAUUCAAACUUAAAUUUGAAAAUUAAAUGGCCAAUCAAAGUGUGUUUUUGUUACAAAUAACUAUUUUAUAUUAUUUUCUCUAAUAAGCUAGAUUAAAAAGUAUAUAUUUAGUACAUCGGACUAUGAAAUGUUACAUAUUUUAUGUCAUGUCUCAAAAUGCAAUUUUUUUUUGAAUUAACCACAGUGUCCGGCAAUCAAGAUCAUCUGACUAUUCUACGGAUCAUAAGAGUGCAAUGUUAAAUUAUCUGAUCGCCAACGAAAAUCGAACUGCGGUUCAUCGUAUUAUAAUUAUCCCUCAAGUAUCACUAGUCCAAAUCCGUUGGUUCUCAAAAUGCAAAUUAGAUCAUAUACAAAGCUUAAGAUUUAUAUUAUUUGGUGAAAAUUGUGGUUGGAGAUUAAACAGUCGACUGAAACGUUCUAUGUUUUUAUUUAUAGUUGAACGAAAAAUGUUAUUUCUUAGUUUGUUCCUACAUGGAAAAUACGAAUUGUCAAAUAAGCCUUUCAUCGAUUUGAACAAAUAUAUAUUUCGAAUCAAUUUCCUUACAUCAACUGCGAAUAAUAUCGUGCCUUCAAGUCCACCAUUAAAGUCGUUAAUGUUUUACUUUUGAAAAUAAAGAUUAAAAUUUUAAUAAUAAUCGUGGAAGCACUGUAGCCUAUUGAUUAAGGUUUAAAGGUUUGUACACCUAGGUCUGGGGUUCGACUAUGCAAUUUUUUGCAGAUUACAGGAAAUCCAGUUUUCAAGUCUCGGAGAAAACGAUUUAUUAAUGCAGGCUACAGAAGAAAGAUUUAGAUCUUCAUAAGACAAAUAAUAUUGUCGGUUGUCGAAUCGUCUAUGUAAUUUUUCUCAUAAAUGUAAUGUCCUAAUAAAUCAGCGUUAUAAAAAAAAUUAAUAAUCAAAAAUAGCUUUAGUGAUCCAUAACAUCUGGUUUAUUGUCAAUUUUAGACACUUAAAAAUAUUUCAUGAGCGUUCCAAAAAAAAAGAUAUUUCAUGCAAAGAGUUGGUUUGGUUUUGGUCUGGCUAUCGGACUCAGUUUAACAACUUGAUUGAUAUAUCCAGGUUUUAAGAAGUCUUUUUGCAAGUUAGCUAAGGAGCAAUGUACUUUCUGGAAUUUCCAGGGAGCUUGGACCCUUCGGUUGAUGCACAAAAAUUCUGAUCAAUACUCAAUAGUUUGUGUCUAAUGUGUUUUUUGAAAUACCUGAAGUCUGAAUUGUGUAUGACAAAGGCCUUCAAUAAUGGAUAUUUCAUUUUAUUGCACCAGUUAAACCUGAUAUACAACCAGCUUAGGCUGGCCCAGUGGUGAUUACUUUAGAGAGCUAAGAUCCCAAUACGGGAAGUUACAUGGGUUCGAUUUGCGCUAGCUAUCGAGGCAUUCAUAUUUUCUCUCCGGGAAAAUGGGCUAUCGACAACUUUUUUUAAAACCUGAUAUACAUAUAUAUAUCCUUUGAUACUCGGUGGGUUUUUCAUGAUCUUAAUGUGAAGAGUGGAGACUGGGUUUUUCAUGAUCUUAAUGUGAAGAGUGGAGACUAUGUUAAUCUUCCAACUACUAUACCCUAUAAUCGACUUAGUUUUCAGUGUUCCAAUCGCUCUUUUCUUCUUAGCUGGACUUUUGUAUCCACAUAUAUUAAUGCCCAAAUUAGUAACCAUGAGGGGAAUUUGUAUCCAGUUCAUUAAUGGAAAGUAAACGUUAUGUCAGUGCAAAGAUGUAAAUGCGGCCAGUUUUCAAGAUUCUGAGGCAAUUCUGUAUCUAAAAAAAUCUAUGAUGCAUGAAAACUCGGCUGAAGGUACGUUUCACAUUUCGGAAUCGGAAUCUUUCGAAAACUCGCAAAAACGCAUUGGAAACUCGUUUCUUAAAAAUCUCAGUUUAGAAACUUAGUGGAAACUUGCGUUUCUAUUUUGGAAACUCGCGUUUCUGUUCUGAGAACUCGCAUUUUUGUUUUGGAAACGCUAAAACUUUCCAAUUAGUUAUGAUUUAUUGUUAUGAUUUUUAUUUUAGUUAAACUAUUUAAUAUUUAAGUAUUGGAUUUUUGUUAUUUUAAAUUUUUAUAUGAUUUUGAUGUUUAAUAAUGACUUAUUUUUUCGUAUGAUUAAAUAUAAUGGAUAUUUGUUUAUUUGUAUUAUAAGAUAUAGUAAACAUAAUAAAAAUGAAUGCAAAUAUUAAUCAGUUAUAUAUAUAUAUAUAUAUUUAUAGACGUUUCUAAAACGUUUCCAAAGCAUAAAAAAUCAAAAAUCACGUUUCCACGUUUCGAAACGUUUCAUUUCAGAAUAUCCGUUUCUAUUUCCAUGCAACCUAAAACAAAACUAGUAACAUGUUUAUUCAUCUUUUAGUUCUACUAACUAAGACUUUUUAUUCUUUUUGUAAUUGAAUGCAGAGAUCUAUUACAUUUGAUGAAAUAUAGUGCAAGUUAAAAAAAAAAAUUCUUAAGUCUUAUGACAAAAAGAACAAAAAGAAACACUAUAAAAAUUCUGACGUCUGAUUUAGAGCAAAAUUUGAGACACAUAUUUACCUUAGAUUGGUCCUGCAUUAUAAAUACACUACGUACUGCAGUUUUCACGUAUAGUUUUCAGGUUAAUCUUAAACGACUAGCUGUGAUGAAUCUAGUGGUCCUAAAUUUUCAUCCAAUCAUCCUACCUUAUCUUAAACCAGUCAGAAGUAGACCAUACGUAAGGACUUUUUUUUUUUGAACAACAAGAUUCGACCAUAUACGUAAAGGACUAAUUAGCGCAAUAUUAGUCUUUUAGUGGGAAAGAUGCAUUCAACAUAAAGAAAUUGUGGGUUAUAUACUUAUAUAUUAAUAAUGUCACGGACAACACUAGUGUCAUUUGCUGAUCCAUGCCUAUCUUGUAUUAUUAAUAAUAUGUGUAUCUAAAACUUCUAUAUAUAAAGUAUCAAAAGCAUUUUCAAUGAUGGAUCUCUCAAACAUAAUCUAUCAGAUAUAAUAUAAUAAAAAUUUAAUAUAAUUUAAAUAUAUAAUUAAAUUUUUAAUAAAAAGUAAAAGAAACUUAUAUUAUUAAGAGAUUGACAAAAAAAAUUUUGAGUUUCUUAUCAUAGAUUACAAAAAGUAUA